GAACACGGAAACAAAGCAGCCCAAAAUAAAAGGGAAAAGUCCCACUUUUAGACGUAAUUUUGCAAAUAAAACAGGGUAGUUCUAGCAGUCCCCUAUCAUAUAAUGUUGCUGUAAUUAACGAACGGACAUUAAAACAGCUGUGGGGGGACACCAAACCAGUGUGUCGGAGAGAGAGAGGCGGGACUCCACUCGUACCAUCCAAAGGCCCAAAUUCCCUCUCUCUCGCGCCCAAGCCCCUCCUGCCCCGCUCUCUCUCAUCGACGCUCGCACAGUGACGCACACUCCUCUGCCUCUUUAUUCGACUCGGUUGCAGACACAUACCCACAUACCCUUGCAGACACAUACCCAUAUCCUAUUUCGUUUUCUCUUCUUUGGAGGGCUUUCUUUCGUUGCUGCUCCGGCGAUACAGCUCUCACCAAAGAGCAUCGGUAUGUCUGAGUGCUCCCAGUCUCAGUUCACAUCUCUCAAGUGUUGCUAUUUCUGUUUGCAAAUUUAGUUUGAACUUCUGUUUUAGUCAAGCUUCAAGGAGUUAGCUGACACUAGGGUUGCCAUUUUGGAUUUGAUGGCGUGGACGGAGAUGGAUGGUGGCAAUGGGAGGGAUGGAGAUUCAGUUGGAGAUAACGGUAGCUUGAAAGCACCACACACUUCUGCUGAUUCUAGUGCUUCUCCAGUGUACAUUUCACCUGUCCGAAAGAAGUUCGAAGCCAAGGAUGAUCUGUCCUAUGCCAACAUCUUACGUUCUAGGAAUAAAUUUGUGGAUGCCCUUGCUAUCUAUGAGGCUAUCCUGGCCCGGGAUAGUGGGAAUGUUGAGGCUCUAAUAGGCAAGGGAAUCUGUCUCCAGAUGCAGAAUAUGGGUCGACUUGCUUUUGAGAGUUUUGCAGAAGCCAUCAGACUGGACCCACAGAAUGCAUGUCCUCUCACGUACUGUGGCAUUCUGUACAAAGAUGAGGGUCGUCUGUUGGAGGCAGCUGAGUCAUAUCAGAAAGCCUUGGUUGCUGAUCCCUCAUACAAGUUAGCUGCAGAAUGCCUGGCAAUUGUCUUAACAGACCUUGGAACCAGCUUAAAGCUUGCUGGAAACACUCAAGAGGGAAUCAAUAAAUAUACUGAAGCUCUUAAAAUAGAUCCAAACUAUGCUCCUGCAUACUAUAACCUUGGAGUUGUCUAUUCAGAGAUGAUGCAAUAUGAUUUGGCUCUUAGUUGCUAUGAGAAAGCUGCACAGCAGAGGCCCAUGUAUGCAGAAGCAUAUUGCAACAUGGGUGUCAUUUAUAAAAACCGUGGGGACUUGGAGUCAGCUAUUGCCUGCUAUGAGAGGUGUUUGGCUGUGUCUCCAAACUUUGAGAUUGCAAAGAACAACAUGGCCAUAGCAUUGACUGAUUUAGGCACAAAGGUCAAAUUGGAAGGAGACAUAAAUCAAGGUGUGACAUACUACAAGAAAGCUCUGUAUUACAAUUGGCACUAUGCUGAUGCUAUGUACAAUCUUGGUGUUGCAUAUGGUGAAAUGCUUAAGUUUGACAUGGUUAGUGACAUGCAUAGGAUACCCUCUUGGAAUCUGUUUAGAUCUUAUUCUUAUGCAGUUGUGUUUUAUGAACUUGCACUGCACUUCAAUCCCCAAUGUGCGGAGGCAUGCAACAAUCUAGGAGUAAUAUACAAAGACAGAGACAACCUUGAUAAAGCUGUGGAAUGUUAUCAAUUGGCUCUAAGAAUCAAACCAAACUUUUCUCAGUCCCUAAACAACCUUGGCGUUGUCUAUACUGUCCAGGGUAAAAUGGAUGCUGCAGCAAGUAUGAUUGAGAAAGCUAUUGUUGCAAAUCCUUCAUAUGCAGAAGCAUACAAUAACUUAGGGGUUCUGUACAGAGAUGCGGGGGAUAUAUCUCAGGCUAUUGAAGCAUAUGAGCACUGCCUUAAGAUAGAUCCUGAUUCUCGUAAUGCAGGCCAGAAUCGCUUACUUGCAAUGAACUACAUAAAUGAAGGCAAUGAUGAUAAACUUUUUGAAGCACAUAGGGAUUGGGGUAGACGCUUUAUGAGGUUAUAUCCACAGUACACAUCUUGGGACAACCCAAAAGAUCCAGAACGAUCACUUGUUAUUGGAUAUGUCUCUCCGGAUUACUUUACUCAUUCUGUAUCAUAUUUCAUCGAGGCACCUCUUGUCCAUCAUAAUUAUGCAAAUUACAAGGUUGUUGUGUACUCUGCAGUUGUGAAGGCGGAUGCAAAAACAAAUAGGUUUCGAGAAACUCUUUUGAGAAAAGGUGGUAUAUGGAGAGAUAUUUAUGGGAUUGAUGAGAAGAAGGUUGCAAGCAUUGUCAGAGAAGACAAAGUUGACAUCUUGGUAGAGCUUACUGGUCAUACAGCAAACAAUAGGUUAGGAAUGAUGGCUUGUAGACCUGCACCAAUCCAGGCAACCUGGAUUGGCUAUCCGAACACAACAGGUCUGCCUACCAUUGAUUAUAGAAUCACUGAUUCAUUGGCUGACCCUCCCAACACAAGGCAGAAACAUGUUGAGGAGUUGGUUCGGUUACCUGAAUGUUUCCUUUGUUACACACCAUCUCCUGAAGCUGGGCCUGUUUUACCAAUGCCUGCUCUUUCUAAUGGUUUUGUUACUUUUGGGAGUUUUAACAAUCUUGCAAAGAUUACUCCGAAAGUGUUGAGAGUCUGGGCACGUAUACUGUGUGCAGUUCCAAAUUCCAGACUUGUGGUAAAGUGUAAGCCAUUUUGUUGUGAUAGCAUAAGGCAGAAGUUUCUUCACACAUUGGAGCAAAUGGGGCUGGAAUCACUACGUGUUGAUCUUCUUCCACUAAUCCUCCUUAAUCAUGAUCACAUGCAAGCAUAUGGCCUCAUGGAUAUUAGCUUGGAUACCUUCCCAUAUGCGGGGACCACAACAACAUGUGAAUCUUUGUACAUGGGAGUUCCAUGUGUUACUAUGGCUGGCUCAGUACAUGCCCAUAAUGUCGGUGUAAGCCUUCUCAGUAAAGUUGGGUUAGGACAUCUAAUUGCUAAAAAUGAAGAUGAGUACGUCCAGCUAGCAAUCGACUUGGCAUCUAAUAUUUCAGAGCUCUCAAAGCUUAGAAUGAAGCUUCGAGACCAAAUGAUGAACUCUCCAGUCUGUGAUGGACGAAACUUCGUCUUAAGUUUGGAAUCAACAUAUCGCAACAUGUGGCACCGUUACUGCAAAGGUGAUGUGCCAUAUUUAAGGAACAUGGAAACAUCAGAGCACCAGCAAGUUCUCCAACAAACAGCUCAGAAGAACUUUGAGCCCACAAGGAUCACUGGCCCCAAAGAGAGCCCCCUUGCAUCUAUCAAGACCAAUGGGUUCAAACCAGGCAAACCAACCAUCUGAACCUUUACAGUUGGCGAGGGAUAUGCAGAUCAGAUGAAUCAGAUUUCAAAUGAGUGAAAUGGUGCUAAGACAACCCAGUUGGCUCAGUGCUCCCUCUUUGGUGCAUUCUGGAAAUUCUUGGAUGGCAAUGUCAGGAGAUGUGUAUACUCAUUGCCUCUGUAUGCUGAAUUUAUAUCCUAUUCAGCUGUAUAUUGAUGACAAUAUGCUGGAAUUAAGGCAGGCAGGAGCCGUGGCAACAAGCCAACAACCCAUCUCUAGACGAGAAAGACGUUACAUUUGGAAUACUGCCAGAGUGCCAGUAAUUAUUACUUUCUACGUGCGAGACAGAAUAUAAAUCGGAGUAGAGGUAAUGGACUGUGGUACUCUUAGCCAUGACCCAUGAUUCAUGUCCUUGUUUUCCCGAUAAUUCAAAAAUUUAUAGUGGGUUGUAAAUUUGAAAGUGAAAUCCGUUCUUAGAAGGGAUUCUCAGAACUUGUAGCCCUUGAAUUGGAGCACUUGGAUUUGAGGAAUUUUCAGAUCCCGAUGUUAUUACUUUAUCAUUCCAACCCCAACUCGUAUCAUUGACGGGUUUGUAUCAGUAAGCUCUUUUUUUUUUUGAGAGUAGUGUGCUUUUGAAUAUGAAGCAUCUUUGUUGUUUUC